AUGUAUGAUAGUCGAAGAGAUCGUUUGAACUGGACUCAAGUCGGAUUCAAUGAUUCAUUAUCAGCUUGGAUCAUGCCUGAAUCAUUGCCGUCACCAGUUGAUCCUGCACAGAAUGGUACGCUUGUUUUGCAAGACAUGCCACCGAUUCGAGCUGGGUCAGAUGCUUUACACUUUGAAACAACGAUAUCUGGAGAACAACAAGAAUAUUUGCAUCGAAAAGAGAUAGGUGAAAUCAGGGGUGCAUCAUUGGCUAAUGGUGGAAUUAUCAAACCCGUCCAUGAUAUUACAUUUGAUUUGGGCCAGAAUUUUGCCGGAUGGUGUCGCUGCAAAUUCAAUGGUCCACGUGGUGUAAGUGUCUUUAUUCGUCAUGCUGAAAUACUGACACAACCACUCAUGUCCACAAAUCCACAACGUGACGAACGUCUUGGAUGGAUGGGCGAUGCAGCAUUAUCAGUGGAUGAAGCCUUGUACAACUUUGAUUUUAUCAAAAUGUUCUUGAAUUUUCUCAAUUUGAUCGUUGAUGUUCAAUUGAGCAACGGUGCGGUGCCUAACUAUGUACCAGGAUACUAUUUUCCACCAGAUCCCAACUGGGGCACUGCCUUACCUACUAUCACCUGGCAACUCUAUCGUCACUACGGCGAUGUUCGUAUUCUUGAAACCUACUACGAUCAUGUUCGCGCCUAUGUUGAGUAUAUUCGCAGUGACUACAACUCCAAAGGUCUUGGCAACCUAACAUAUCUUUUUGGCGAUUGGGUUCCACCUCCUCCACAACCAAUGACAGAUCAACAUCUCACUUCAUCUUUCGGUUUCCUUCAUGAUGUUUCCCUGUUAAUCAACAUGUCUCAAGUACUCGGUAAGACUAAUGACACGCAGACUUA